AAAUCAGCCUCUCCGAUCCACUUCCACUUCACCCACCAUUUCUCUUCCUAUAUCUAUUCCCAUGGCAUCCUCUUCCCAACAACCACUGAAGAAAUUCAAACAUUCAUCAAUCUCGUAUUCGAGUUUCUCACUCAAGCAAAAAGUUCAAGCAUUGCUUCUCUAAUUCACGCUAUAUCCCCAUCCGAAUCAUCCACCAUAAAUAAUAUUCCUUCUUCUUCGUCUUCCAUGACUAGCUCAAGUGAUUCAGAACAAGUUGCAGUCUAUAUGGCUGACCAUAAACCAUCUAAUGCUAGAGCUCCAUCAGUUUGCAGUCUAAAUGGCUGA